AUGGAAGAAGGAGAUAUCACUGCCCGGAAUUCGCAGAAGGAUUUAGAUGCAGUAGCUCGCAGUACACCGGCUGAUCCAUCGUCCGUUCAGAAAAAUAAGUCGGGGUGUAGCUUCCUUACACCUGAAAAGGAGGGUCGGAUCCCUUUCACCCCAAGCAGCCCCUCUUUUGAGUUCCAGGAUGGCGAAGCUGCUUCAAGAAGGCCAGCUGCAACCCCCGCUCAGGCUCCCAAUGAGCGUACAUAUACUCGGGACGAGGUGGAAACCAUGAUCACCGCGGCCAUCCGAAACUACACCCAAAAUUUACCUCACGAUAACCGACUCAGGAGAGAUCCCAGACGUUCUCCGAACGAAGGACGAGCUGAGGACGAGGGCGAUAGUUAUUCGGAGAACCGAGGGGGUAAUAGUCAUGGCGUUAGAACAGAAGUGGACAGCUUAAGACGCGAUAUAGAUGAGUUGAAGGCCCUGCGAAGUGGGCCAACGCGAGAUCUCGUAGGAUCUAGCCCUUUCGCUAGUCAUCUUGAUAGCGACCCUAUACCAGCUAACUACCGACCGAUUUUAUUUGAGUACAACGGCGCGUCAGAUCCAGCUGAACAUUUGAGUCGGUUUAACAACACUGCCUCGCUUCACCAGCUCACAGAAGGGGUGAAGUGCCGUGCCUUUGUCACCACUCUAGCAGGUCCGGCCCAAGCAUGGUUCGGACUGUUACCUGCCGGAACCAUCCGAUCUUUUGAACAACUUGCCAAAGCUUUCAUGAACCAGUUCGCUAGCUCGAAGAAGUGUAAGAAGACCUCUCUGUCACUAUUCAGCGUUCGUCAGAAGGAGAAAGAAAGUCUCAGAAACUAUAUCAAACGAUUCACUUCGGCUACCUUAGAGGUCCCCACUACCAGCGACGAGGUGCUCAUGGCAGCUCUUUCGCAAGGACUGAGAGAUGAUGAGUUUUUCCGAGCUUUGGCGCUGGAACCUUCGCCCGAUUUUGACCAUCUCCUAGAGAGGGCGUCUAGGUUCAUUAACUUAGAAGAAGCCCGUCAGCAGAAAGUAGAAGAAUCUCACCAACCCGCGAACACACGAGCCAACGAAGUAAAAAGAGUCAAAGAACCACUGUUACCUCGAAGGGAUGCUAGUACCCCCGGCCGAGGUAUCGUUUCAGACGCUAAGGGAUCACGAUUCCAAUCGUAUCAGCCCCUUACGGCUCCUCUGUCCCAGGUGUUGUACGCGAUCGAGAAGAGAGCUGAUCUGCGGUGGCCUAGGACCGCUCGCGGAGCCCCCCGUCGAGAUCCGACAUUGGGUACUUUUUGCCGUUUUCAUAACGAAUACGGACAUACGACCGACGACUGCGCACAUCUGAAAGACGAAGUGGAACGUCUCAUCAGAGAUAACAAGAUCGGGGAUUUUGUGAAGAUAGAUUCACCUCGGGGACAGAAGCGUGAAGCCCAGUUUGGAAACCCGCCACGAGCACCGCCCCCGCCGCCAGCGCCGAAGAGAGGGUACAUUCAGAUGAUUUCAGGGGGCCCUACGGGAGGAGAUACUCACCGGGCUAGGAGACGUCACCUCGGUAGCCUAAAAAAUAAUCAUGAAGUUUGCCAAAUCUCUACACCGAAGUAUCGUCAAUAUCCCACUAUCUCGUUUGGUCCUGAAGAUGAAGCGGACCUAGACGAUUUCCAUUGUGACCCUCUCCUUAUCACGAUUAACGUUGGAGGGUACGACGUCGCUCGCGCCUUCGUUGAUCAAGGAAGUUCGGUGGAUGUCAUAUCCUACGAGUGUUUCCUACAAAUGGAGCUUGACCUCCCGGUUUUCCCCGUCACCACACCGAUAUUUGGGUUCACAGGAGGGUCCCUGACGCCGAUUGGACAAGUUAAAAUCCCUGUCACUAUAGGAACUCCACCUCGAACACGCACUCAAACUGUCAAUUUUGUCAUCGUUGAAGGGUCGCCGACCUCGUAUAACAUCGUGAUAGGACGACCAAUGUUACAUACCUUUCGGGCGGUCCCUUCGACUAUUCAUCAAAAGCUUAAGUUCCCAGUUGAUGGGAUGGUGGGAGAGGUCAGGGGCGACCAAACCCAAUCGAGAUCGUGUUAUGUCGAAAUGGUUAAGAUAGCAGAGAAAGGCCGACGCGAUACCCUCACUAAAGAAGAUUUGGGAGAUGAGAAGCGUCCCCGAGUUGACCCAGAGGAUAAAGUCAAUCAUGUACAACCUAUGGACGAAUUGAUGACAAUCGACCUCGUCCCCGGAAUGAUGAAACAAACCCGGAUAAAUGUUUUUGCUUGGCAACCAAGUGAUUUGACCGGUAUAUCGCCGCGAACUGUUGUACACAGGCUUAAUUUACGACCCGAGUGCAGGCCCGUCAAGCAAAAACGGCGACACUUCGGUACCGAAAAAGACGAAAUCAUACAGAAGGAAGUUCAACGACUUCUGGAAAUCGGACACAUCCGGGAAAUUCAGUUCCCUACAUGGCUGUCCAAUGCGGUGUUAGUACAGAAGGCCAAUGGCCAAUGGCGAAUGUGUAUCGAUUUCAGGGACUUAAAUAAGGCUUGCCCGAAAGAUGAUUAUCCUUUACCUCGCAUAGAUCAGCUUGUAGAUGCCACUGCUGGAUGCGAGCUACUUAGUAUGAUGGAUGCCUCGCAAGGAUACCACCAAAUUCCGCUAGACGAAAAGGACCAGCCAGCAGUAAGUUUUGUCACCGCCACGGGGACUUACUGUUACGUGGUGAUGCCUUUCGGCCUGAAAAAUGCAGGAGCCACGUAUCAGCGAUUGAUGGAUAGGAUGUUUCGGGCCCAACUCGGACGCAACAUUGAAGUUUAUGUUGAUGACAUGUUAGUUAAAAGCAAGAGGCGCUCUACGCAUCUCGCAGACCUAGCUGAGACCUUUGCAACUCUUCGUUUAUAUGGAAUGAAGUUAAACCCUGCUAAGUGUGCAUUCGCAGUACAAGCUGGAAAGUUCCUGGGAUACAUUGUUAAUCGGGAAGGCAUCAAGGUAAACCAAGAUAAAGUGGAGGCCGUACUUCAGAUGACACCUCCUCGUUCCAUCAAGGAAGUCCAGUCCUUGGCAGGAAAAGUUGUAGCCCUAGCUCGGUUUAUAUCGCGAAUGGCUGAUAAGAGCCUGCCUUUCUUCAAAGUACUAAGGAAAACAGCUCAGUUCGAAUGGACCACCGAAUGCCAGCUCGCAUUCGAAGCAUUAAAACGAUCUCUUACUUGCCUGCCGAUUCUUAGCACCCCUGAAAAGGGUGAAACCCUGUUUGUAUACUUGUCAGUGGGCGAUGAGUCCAUCAGUUCGGUUUUGUUUAAGGAAGUUAAUAAUCAACAAAGACCGAUCUACUAUACUAGUAAGAUCCUCACUACGUCGGAAAGCCGAUAUUCUGAAGUCGAGAAAAUAGCGUACGCGCUGGUCCUCACUACGCGACGACUCCGGCCUUAUUUCCUGUCGCAUACCAUGGUGAUUCGCACAAGCUUACCCCUUCGGCAGACCCUAGGUCAACCUACCGCGUCAGGGCGAAUUGUUAAAUGGGCCAUCGAGCUGGGACAGUACGAGAUUCAAUAUCAACCCCGUACCUCGGUCAAAGGACAAGCGCUAGCGGAUUUCAUCCGAGAAACCACCAGGAUACCCAUCGAAAAAGAGUGGAAAAUUUACGUGGAUGGUUCAUCUACGACCUCAGGAGCGGGGGCAGGGAUAAUAGUUAUUGAUCCCACUGGAACGGAAGUCGAGUUUGCUGUUAGGUUACCUCGGGUCUCCAAUAAUGAAGCAGAGUAUGAAGCCUUUAUCCGAGGUAUGGAGAUCGCUCAAGAGCUCGGAGCGCGAGUGGUGCGAAUAUACUCCGACUCUCAAUUGGUAAUACACCAACUCGAAGGGGACUACGAAAUAAAAAACGAUAGAAUGAAGAGUUAUGUAAAUAAAGCCCGAGCUGUACAAGAAACUUUUGAGGUCUGUACCAUGCAUCAAAUUCCGAGAAACGACAAUCAGCGAGCUGACUUCCUCGCUAAAGUCGGGUCGUCAGUCGUCGAUUGUAUUGAAAGAAAGAUCACUAUCCUUAUUGCCCCUACCCCAACACCGGGCAUAAUGGUAAUAGACGAAGAGCCCGAUUGGAGAACGCCUUUGUUCAAAUACUUCAGAGGAGAGCGAGCUGGCACCAAGAGAGAGCAGCACCGCUUGGCAUAUAAGGCAAGGCAUUUUUUCGUACGGCAUGGGACAUUAUAUAAAAGAAACUUCACCACAGUAGAUGCAAGGUGUUUGAGAAAGCAGGAGAUAAAGCAUGUUCUGGAUGAAGUACAUCGAGGUGGUUGUGGUGAGCAUGGAGGAGCUCGGGCCCUCAUGCAGAAACUACAUCGGGCCGGAUAUUACUGGCCUGGCAUGAAGAAGGACACGCACCGAUAUGUUCAACACUGCAUACAAUGCCAAAAAUAUGCCUCGCUCAUCCACAAGCCGGGGGAGGAAAUGACCAUCAUGAGUGCUCCAUGCCCUUUCGCCCAAUGGGGAAUCGACCUGGUGGGGCCAUUCCCUCAAACCGCGGGUCGGAAAAAGUUCAUCAUUGUCGCGGUAGACUACUUUACUAAGUGGGUUGAAGCUGAAGCCUUAUCGAAAAUCUCAGAAGACGAGGUCAUGCACUUCAUUUGGAAAAAUAUCUGCUGUCGCUUUGGCCUACCUCGAAGCCUUGUAUCGGACAACGGCACUCAGUUCAACGGCAAGAAAAUCCGAGCGUGGUGCGAAGAGAUGAAAAUUGCACAAAAAUUUGUAGCGGUAGCGCACCCCCAGGCCAAUGGACAAGUGGAGUCCGUAAACCGAACCAUUGUCAAUGGGUUGAAAAAAAGGUUAGACGAGCUAGGUGGAAGUUGGGUAGACGAGUUGCCCUCCGUCCUCUGGUCUUAUCGGACCACAACCAAAGCAGCUACUGGCGAAACACCGUUCCGGUUAACCUACGGAACUGAAGCAGUUAUACCGGUCGAAGUGGCAAUGGACACGCUCCGCAUCGCCGCAUUUGACGAAGUAACAAACGAUGAUGCUUUAAGAUCACAGCUGGACGAAGUUUUCGAUCUCCGGGAAACGGCGUAUUUGCACAUGGAAAGAAGUAAAAACUUGAUCAAAGCUCGGUAUGAUCAGGGGGUGCGGUCCCGCUCAUUCCAGAUCGGAGACCUCGUCUUGCGACGAGCGGACGCGCUAAAACACACGGGAAAGUUGGAGGCUAAUUGGGAAGGACCAUACACAGUCACCAGGUGUUUGGCCGGCGGAGGGUAUGAGUUGGCAGACAUCGACGGGAAGCCGUUACCUCGGGCUUGGAACAUAAUACAUCUGAAACGCUUCUUCGCGUAA